AUGUUCGAUAGAAUAAUUGCCGAAUCGUGCUCGCUAAGCGGAAAAGUUGUGCCUUGUUUUUGGCAAGCCGUAGACAUCUACCUCUUUAAAACGCACGUGAUAAAUAAGAAACUGUUCGGCGUGAAAACGUUGUCCGUGUCGAUCUACAAAUAUCGAAAUGAAACCGACGACCUUGUGGAACGUUUCUGCGAAGAACGGGAUCUCGAAGAGCAUCUAUCGGAACGAGGCUAUGAGCUGACGAGGGCGGUAGAGGAACUGAACAGUCCUUCGGUGGACCGUCUAGCUCGUUGUGGCGGCGACGGAUUGAUCAUCGUGAAUAGAUUGCUCCCGAAGAAUGUAAACAGUUUGGAUUCGCUGGAUGUGGUCUGCUUGGUUGAUUUUAGGUCCCACACGCUGUACCUGAAGCGACAAAGGAGCGGACUAGAGAACAAUCUGUUUCCCAGUUUUGCUUUUGUAGUGCAAGCCCAAAGCGAGGGGAAGCUCUCUAUACGAUGUCGCUCAGGUGAUACUACCGAUGAUCGAUCGAUCGUCUGGUUGCGAGACGUGCUCCUUUGCCGAAUGAUGAAAUGGAUCGAAGCAAGCUCCCCAAGAAGCGAAAUGACCGAUGGUACGAACGCUACCAUUCACUCGCUAGCGAUGAUUGACGAUAUGGAGGAGUACAAUCAAGUGUUUCAUGAGCUGAAACAAAAGUACGGCCUCUCGAUGGUCUCGAUCUGGCCCGAGUGUACCGAUCCGCAAAAGUUCGUUUUUGAGGACAUCGCUAUAGCGACAUAUCUGAUAGUGCUGUGGCGGCAAGAACGUCGAUCGAAUGCCGAGUGUGCAAUGCAAUCGUUUGUGGAUCUGGGCUGCGGGAACGGACUGCUCGUGUACAUACUGGCAAGCGAAGGCCAUCGUGGAUACGGGGUCGAUCUAAGAAAACGCAAGCUAUGGGAUCUGUACCCAGGCGGUACAACGGAUUUGCGGGUUCAAGCACUCAUACCAUCUGACGCAUCCCUGUUUCCCGACAUCGACUGGAUCAUUGGGAAUCAUUCAGAUGAGUUGUCACCCUGGAUUCCGGUCAUAGCCGCACGCAGUGCACACUCUUGUCGCUUCUUCCUGUUGCCCUGCUGUGCGUAUGAGUUCGACGGAAGCAAAUAUCAGCGACAAAACUGUGCCCUCAGCCAGUACGGAGACUUCCUGCAGUACGCCAAACAAGUAGCGGAAGUGUGCGGCUUCCGAGUGGAAACGGAUCGUCUCCGAAUUCCAAGUACCAAGCGCACCUGCAUCAUCGGGAGUUCCAGAAGCUAUCCACCGGAGGAGUACGCCAGUUACGAUCGUAAAAUUCAAAUGUUUAUUGACGAGCGAUCGAAGCAACAUAGCGUGCCGACGUUGUCAAGCAAUUCCAAGGCGGACGGAUGGUCGGUAAAUUUUAAACCACGAGAAAGUACGGAAAAGGUGCGCAACUGCACCAAGGUCGAUCGAUCGAUCGUAGAAAAGAUAGUUGCGAUUGUUUUUCAAUCGUUACUCGCAAAAAAACGCGUUUUUCCCGAGCAUGUCCAGCAAAAUUGGAAUGCCGGUGGUACAUUAUCAAUGGGAGAUCUAGUGGAAAUGAUACCUCAGCAGUAUCUGACCGCCUUGAAAGCUGAAUGUGGAGGACUGCAAACGUUGCUAAAGAAUAAUCAUCAAAUAUUCUUGGUACAAAAUGGGACAGUGCAAGUGCGGAUACCUAGGAAAGCGUCCGAAACGAAAGAAUCGACUGUAGCGAGGAGAACAAAAAAGGUGAAAAACCACAAACCCGUUAAUUUGAAGCAGAAAACGUGUUGGUUCUUUAGAAACCAUCCAGACGGGUGUCCCCUGGAAGAGUUUGAAUGUCGAUUCAAUCACGAAAAAUAAAGGAAACUAAAUAAACCCCAACGGC